CGCCCUCUAGGCGCCCGCCGGGCAUAUAUAUCUGGGUCGACCUUCACUCUUCUGAGCUCCAGUGCUCAGAUAAAGGCUAUCGCACUAUCGUACACCCAUUUGGCCACAAUGGGCUCCAUCGAACCACCCCCUCAACCGCCACAAUUCCUCGUCAUUGGAGCUGGAUCUCGGGGUCAUGCAUAUGCCCGUGCUGUAGAAGCUUCGACGUCAGGCACGAUUGCGGCUGUGGCAGAGAUUGAUCCGUUCAAGCGUCAAGAGUUUGGGAGACGUUACAUAUGGGGAAGAGAUGGACAGCCUAAGGAAUACCAGUCUUUUGGCCCGUGGGAAGAAUGGGUUACAUGGGAGAAGAGACGCAGAGAGGACGCAGACAAGGCUGGAGGAUCCGAGCCGGGUUAUAUCCCUAUCACUGGAGUCUUCAUAUGCACCAUGGAUGAGACACAUGCCUCUAUAAUCCGUGCCAUUGCACCCCUCAACCUCCACAUUCUGUGCGAGAAACCUUUGGCUUUAUCACUAUCCGACUGUCUCUCUAUCUCUUCAGCGUUAUCGAAAUACCCUCCAAAAGUGGUCUCCAUCGGACAUGUGCUACAUUACUCGCCUCACAACAUCCUUCUGCGCAAGCUGUUGACUGCGGACCAGGUCAUUGGCGAGAUUGUCUCGAUUGAACACACUGAGCCAGUCGGAUGGUGGCAUUUCUCUCACUCUUACGUCCGCGGAAACUGGCGCCGCUCUACUCCAGAAGGCGUUGGUUCUCUACUCACAAAAUCCGGCCACGAUAUUGACUUCAUUCUGUGGCUGCUCUGCUCACCCAGUGCUCUGACUGGAUCAAAACCCCAUCUUCCUUCUUCAAUCUCCAGCAAUGGAGCCAUGACGCAUUUCCGCCCAGCAAGAAAGCCGAAGGCUGCAGGCACGGCGACGAAUUGCCUCUCCUGCCCCGCUGAGGCGGGCUGCAUCUACUCAGCCAAGAAAAUCUACCGCGACCGAUGGCUUCGGCAUGAGAAAGAUACCGGCUGGCCGCUCAAGAUUGUCGUACCCGAGAUUGAAGAAAUUGUAUCGACCAAAGGCUGGGAUGCGGCGGAGGAGCAACUAAUGAAAAGGCUUGGUGAGGACUACGAUAAAGCCACCACGCCUGACAAUAUCAUUGCAAGUCGUAGCUGGUAUGGUCGCUGUGUUUACGAAUCAGAUAACGACGUGGUGGAUGACCAGGUCGUGACAAUGGACUGGGAGGAAGAUCCUCUGCACGGCCAGGACCUCGGUCGGGGACUCAAAAGGGCGCUCUUUCAUAUGACUUAUCCGACCCAAGCACAAUGCGAGCGACGAGGGUGGAUAUAUGGUACGCUGGGCGAAAUCCACUACGACUCGCACAAGAUCACUGUGCAUACGUUUGCCGAUGGGAAAACCAUCGUGCACGAUAUUCCGAAACAGGCACCUGAGGUGGAGAAGAGCCACGGAGGCGGCGACUGGGGCCUGGCUGGUGCCUUUGUGCAAGCUGUUCAGAACGUCGACGCUCGAACAAUGGAUGUGGCUCAGGCACAAAGAGAACUGGUGGGAUGCGAUCUGGAGGAGAUCAUAUUGAGCCACGCGGUGGUAUUUGCAGCAGAAGAGGCAAGGAGGGAAAGAAAGGUCAUCAAAUGGGGCGAGUGGUGGGCCAAGAAUGGUUCGCUCGCCCAGUGACCCCAGCGGUAAUGAGCUGCGAAAUGCGUCGGCGGAGUUUUUCAAAGUAUAGCGAUGGUGUCUGUGAAAGGAAAGCGAUUUCUGGGUCUCAGAGCUCGAAAUAGAACCAGGGUUAACAAUGCAAUCUCAUCGGUCCAGAACGAA